CACUAUACACAACUGAAUGCACUACAAGAAACUUAUAGUAAUUUCACCGUUUUAGGGUUUCCUUGUAACCAAUUCGGGAUGCAAGAACCCGGAGGCGAUGGCACAGAAAUUUGGAACGGGAUACAAUACGUUAGACCCGGUAACGGAUUUACACCUAAUUUUCCAAUCUUCACGAAGAUCGAAGUUAAUGGCGAGAAAGAGCAUCCACUUUAUACUUAUCUGAAGAAAUUCUGUCCUCCAACUCGAGAUUCAUUCGCACCUAAAGAGAAACUUUUCUAUUCUCAACUUACUAAUAAAGACAUUCGUUGGAAUUUUGAAAAAUUUCUAAUAAAUCGCCAUGGUAAACCGGUAACGCGUUACGAUCCAAGCGUGCAACCCCAAAUAAUAGCUAGGGACAUCGAACAUUUACUCUCUUCCAAUAUACUUUAAGUCAUACGAAGAAUUAGUGUGUGUAUUGAUGAAUAUUUCGCUCUUACUUCCUAUAAUGAAGAAUAAAUCAGCACCUGUCUUUCAGACAGUUGGUUUAUUUGGAAUAUAUUUAUAUCCCGGUUUGAUCUUGUGCAUUCAAUCAUUCUGGAAAUGAAUAUUUACGGAAAGAUUUGAAGUGGAAUAUUUCAAGUUUUGUGUCUUUAAAAGACAAUAUGAAUAUUUUUGGGAAAUUUUUUGAUGAUUUAUAAAUAUAAUCACUAUUGUAUUUUUUUAAAUAAAUGAUUCAUGAUUUAA